AUGUUCGAGUACGACUCCACUCAUGGUAGGUACACUGGUGACGUUACACAUGACGAGAAGAAUUUGAUUAUCGAUGGUAAGAAAAUUGCCGUCUACAACGAAAGAGAUCCAGCUAACUUGCCAUGGGGUGCUUCCAACGUUGACAUUGCUGUUGACUCCACUGGUAUCUUCAAAGAAUUAAACUCUGCUCAAAAGCAUAUUGAUGCAGGUGCCAAGAAGGUUGUUAUUACGGCCCCUUCCAGUACCGCUCCAAUGUUUUGUAUGGGUGUUAAUGAAGAGAAAUAUUCUCCUGAUUUAAAGAUUGUAUCCAAUGCCUCUUGUAGCACCAACUGUUUGGCUCCAUUGGCCAAGGUCAUUAACGAUGCUUUCGGGAUUGAAGAAGGUUUGAUGACUGCUGUCCAUGCUGAAACUGCUACUCAAAAAACAGUCGAUGGUCCAUCCCACAAAGACUGGAGAAUUGGUAGAGCUGCUUCUUUUAACAUCAUUCCAGCCUCUACUGGUGCUGCUAGGGCUGUCGGCAAGGUCUUACCAUCGUUACAAGGUAAGUUGACCGGUAUGUCCUUCAGAGUUCCAACCGUGGAUGUCUCCGUUGUCGAUUUGACUGUCAAGCUGGUUAAGGAAACCACCUACGAUGAAAUCAAGAAGGCCGUAAAGCAGGCUUCUGAAGGUAAGAUGAAAGGUGUCUUGGGUUAUACUGAAGAUGCUGUUGUCUCGUCUGAUUUCUUAGGUGACUCCCAUUCUUCAGUUUUUGAUGCUACUGCUGGUAUUCAAUUAUCUCCAAAAUUCGUCAAGUUGGUUGCUUGGUACGAUAACGAAUAUGGUUACUCUACUAGAGUUGUCGAUUUGGUCGAAUAUGUUGCCAAGGCUUCGUGGAAUUAA